CCACUUUUUUUCCGGGCAAGAGAUCGGUAUUUGGCAAUCGGAAGACUUGCUGUCCGAAGCAUAGCUGUUGAGUCCAAAGCACUUUUUGGCAAAGAUGGGUCAGUUUUCGGCAGCCUUGGCCGUUGUGAGCUUGGUCCUGCUUGCUAGUGUCCUCCACGUCGCAGAUGCCACCGGUACGAAAUGUCCCUGCUCCCCCGGGACGAAGCGGUGCACUCCCAUGGGUCCGUGCGUGAAGUGCUGCAAGGACUGUGAUUGCGGCAAGGGGAUGAAGUGCGUUCAGGGACAGUGCAAACUCCCGUGCUGCCCGAAGGGGCUGAAGCGCUGCUUUCCCAACGGUCCCUGCGUGAGGUGCUGCAAGGAUUGUGAUUGUGGCAAGGGAAUGAAAUGCGUCCAGGGACAGUGCAAGCUCCCGUGCUGCCCGAAGGGACUGAAGCGCUGCGUUCCCAACGGUCCCUGCGUGACGUGCUGCAAGGACUGUGAUUGUGGCGCGGGGAAGAAGUGCGUCCAGGGGCAGUGCAAGCCCUCGUGCGGGUGCCCGGCUGGACAGAAGCGCUGCGUCCCCAACGGUCCCUGCGUGAAGUGCUGUAAGGACUGCGAUUGUGGCAAGGGGAGAAAGUGCGUCCAGGGACAGUGCAAGCUCCCGUGCUGCCCAAAGGGACUGAAGCGCUGCCUUCCCAACGGUCCGUGCGUGAAGUGCUGCAAGGACUGUGAAUGUGGCAAGGGGAAGAAGUGCGUUCAGGGACAGUGCAAGCCGGCGUGCUAGCACUGAUUUGGAAGGCAUUGCAGUUUGCCAGCCAGGAAAAUGCAGCGUUGUCUUCCUUGAAGCAGUGCUAGAAAUGAACGGACGGUAGGUGCGUCGCCUUGCGGUGGAAUCUGCAAGCGACCUUGGGGUCUGCAAGACUAGAGUCUAUCGCCAUGCGACGCGAUCGCCUCCCGUAGAUUACGGUCUUCAGAUUUAAUGACGACGUAGGCUCAUGACCAAUAGCCGAGGCGCCGGAGAUGUUGUGGAAAAGUUGUACAGACUCUAGUACAGAGUGUGACGGCAGAGUGUUCUUUGUUUCCCGCAGUCAUGUGGGACCCUUUUUGUUUUUUUGGAACGUCAAUAAAGCUUUGGCUGUGUU